AUGGUCAAGGAGACCAAGUACUAUGAGUGUCUUGGGGUUGACCCUUCAGCCACCGAAGCUCAGUUGAAGACCGCCUACAAGAAGGGCGCACUCAAAUUUCACCCAGACAAGAACAAGAACAACCCCGAGGCCGCGGAAAAGUUCAAGGAGUUGUCGCACGCCUAUGAAAUCCUCUCCGAUUCCCAGAAGCGUGCGAUCUACGAUCAAUAUGGUGAAGAAGGUCUGGAGGGCGGUGGUGCCGGUGGUGGCAUGAACGCUGAAGAUCUCUUCUCGCAGUUCUUCGGCGGUGGUGGUGCAUUCGGGGGCAUGUUCGGUGGCGGCAUGCGCGACACCGGCCCUAAGAAGGCUCGUACCAUUCACCACGUGCACAAGGUCAACUUGGAGGACAUUUACCGUGGCAAGGUUUCCAAGUUGGCUUUGCAGAAGUCUGUCAUCUGUUCCGGUUGCGAGGGUCGCGGUGGCAAGGAGGGUGCCGUGAAGGAGUGUACAGGCUGCAAUGGUAGUGGUAUGAAGACCAUGAUGCGCCAGAUGGGCCCCAUGAUUCAGCGCUUCCAGACCGUCUGCCCCGACUGUAACGGUGAGGGUGAGAUCAUUCGUGACAAGGACCGCUGCAAGAAGUGCAACGGUAAGAAGACCGUUGUUGAACGCAAGGUUCUCCACGUUCACGUCGACAAGGGUGUGCGUGACGGGCACAAGAUCGAGUUCCGCGGUGAGGGUGAUCAGAUGCCCGGAGUCAUGCCUGGUGAUGUCGUUUUCGAGAUCGAGCAGAAGCCCCAUCCCCGCUUCCAGCGCAAGAACGACGAUCUGUUCUAUCAGGCCGAAAUUGAUCUCCUGACUGCUCUUGCCGGUGGUACCAUUCACAUCGAGCAUCUUGAUGAUCGGUGGUUGACUGUGAACAUCGCUCCUGGCGAGGUUAUUGUCCCUGAUGCCAUCAAGGUCAUCCAUGGCCAGGGUAUGCCCUCAUUCCGUCACCAUGAUUUCGGCAACCUAUACAUCAAGUUCGACGUCAAGUUCCCCGAGAAGGACCAGCUGCAGAAUCUUGACCUGCUCGAGAAGGACUUCGAAUUGGAGGAUAUCGACACCACAGAAAACUCCCAGGCUCGUGCUCACGGUGCCGCUGGUGCCAUGGACGAGGAUGAUGACGACGUUCCCCCCGGCGCUGAGCGCGUCCAGUGUGCAUCGCAGUAA